GCUGGGCAAAAUUAUGAACUUGUGUUCCUCGGGCGCAACGGCAUCGACCACAUCGUUAUCGUCUACGGGCCAGGCGGAAAAGAGCGGCGGAGUUCCAGGGGGAGGAGCAGAAGGCGGCGGCGGAGGAGGAGGCGGUGGAAGCGGGAACGGCGGCGGCAAGAUCAGCGACGGUUCCUCCGAGGGCACAACACUCUGCUUUGGCGGUGGUUCGGGCACAGCAGGUACGAUCUCCGUUGCGGAGGAGCUAUCCCACAAUAAUAUCCCUGCCAACGGAGCGGGAGGAGUGAGUGCAUCCAUCGCAGGGGGACAGCAGUCGACUGGCAGCAACGGACACAACCAGCUACACAACGAAAACAACGCAAUCAUGCCGCCCGAGACGCGUCCCAAAAUGGUGACCGUCAAGCAUCCGGAGUCCAACAAGCCCAAGCCCACCACCAAGAAAAGCAAGCCCAUCCAGGCCGACCAGGACGUCAUCAAGGCGCUGCAGCGAUGCCGUGAUGAAGGCAUCAAGCGCUUGGACCUGAGCAAAUCCUCGAUCACGGUGAUUCCCAGCACGGUAAAGGAGUGCGUGCACCUUACGGAGCUGUACCUGUACAGCAACAAGAUCGGCCAGCUGCCGCCGGAGAUCGGAUGUCUGGUGAGCCUGCGCAAUCUGGCACUAAAUGAGAACUCGCUGACCUCUCUGCCGGAGUCGCUGCAGAACUGCAGUCAGCUAAAGGUGCUGGAUCUGCGGCACAACAAGCUGGCGGAGAUUCCGCCGGUGAUCUACCGGUUGCGCAGCUUGACCACUCUUUACCUGCGCUUCAACCGCAUCACCACCGUGGCGGACGAUCUCCGCCAGCUGGUCAACCUAACCAUGCUGAGUCUGCGGGAGAACAAGAUCCGGGAGUUGGGCAGUGCUAUUGGGGCGCUGGUGAACCUCACCACGUUGGACGUAUCGCACAAUCACCUGGAACACCUGCCCGAGGACAUUGGGAACUGUGUGAACCUGAGCGCCCUGGACCUGCAGCACAACGAACUUUUGGAUAUACCUGACAGUAUUGGGAAUCUCAAGUCCCUGGUGCGAUUGGGCAUGAGAUACAAUCGAUUGAGUAGCGUGCCGGCUACUUUGAAGAACUGCAAGAGCAUGGAUGAGUUCAAUGUAGAGGGCAACGGGAUAACCCAGCUGCCGGAUGGAAUGCUGGCUAGCUUGAGCGGUUUAACUACCAUCACACUCUCGAGAAAUCAGUUCACCAGUUAUCCAACUGGGGGACCAGCGCAGUUCACCAAUGUUUAUAGCAUUAAUCUGGAACACAAUCGAAUCGAUAAGAUUCCCUAUGGGAUUUUCUCGAGGGCCAAAGGUCUUACCAAGCUAAACAUGAAGGAGAAUAUGCUGACGGCGUUGCCAUUGGAUAUUGGCACCUGGGUAAACAUGGUGGAGCUGAAUCUGGCCACAAAUGCACUACAGAAGCUGCCCGAUGAUAUCAUGAACCUGCAAAACCUUGAGAUACUCAUCCUGUCCAACAACAUGCUCAAGAAAAUACCGAAUACGAUUGGAAAUCUGCGGAGGCUGAGGAUACUCGACUUGGAGGAGAAUCGUAUUGAGGUGUUGCCGCACGAGAUUGGUCUGUUGCACGAGCUGCAGCGACUGAUUCUGCAGACCAAUCAGAUUACCAUGCUGCCGCGCAGCAUUGGCCACCUGGGCAACCUGACUCACCUGUCUGUUAGCGAAAAUAACCUGCAGUUCCUGCCCGAGGAGAUUGGUUCGCUGGAAAGCCUGGAGAAUCUGUACAUCAACCAGAAUCCCGGUUUGGAGAAGCUGCCGUUUGAGCUUGCCCUGUGCCAGAAUCUGAAAUAUCUGAACAUUGACAAGUGUCCGCUGAGCACGAUUCCUCCUGAGAUCCAGGCGGGCGGGCCAUCGCUAGUGCUGCAGUGGCUCAAGAUGCACUCGCCGUACCGCCAGAUGUGAGAUGUGGACGGCGUUUGGCGCACCGUCUACGUGGGCAGCGACUGCUACUACCAGUAUGAGCUGCAGACGGUGAACCAGGCGCCCGGUGGAGGUGUUGGUGGUGGUUGCGGUGGAGGAGCACCAGGAGGAGGAGGUUCCGCAUCCAGAAGCAACGACCGUCGCUAACGGUGCGAUCUCAGCUAACGGGCGAGAUCUUGUAACCAUUCUUAAUCCCAAUCCUUGAGGGGGAAAACCACAUUAGAUAAGGGUUUUAUUUUCGACUUAUUAAAACCAACCAGAGUAGGUUGAACGUAUUUUGUUCUUGAUUUACGAUUUGAUUUUUAAUCCUAAAUACAUAUAUUUAUUUUUUUAAAUAUAAUCUAUAUAAACCUUAAGACAGCCAAACUUAUGACAAUUUUUCUUUAAUUGGUAUUUCCAGCUUUACAAAAUAAUAGAAAUUAAAUAUAUAUGAUUUUAUAAGACCUAAAUAAAGUUGACAGAGUACUUGUUUGACAAAGUUUGACGUAAUCUUCAACUCUAAUUAAGAGUCAACGUUCAUAAAAUAAUAUUAGUCUGAUGCGAACAAACUAAAUGAUUUUUAAAUAUUUUCGAAAAUCAAAAUCGAUUUUUUAACCCUCUAAUGUGGUCUUCUAAUUCGACUGGAGUGCGUUGGCUGACAAAACGAUAGCUUUAACACGUUAUACCAUGUCCCGCGUAUUGUAAACUGCCCCGAUUUGCUUUUUCUUUCUGUGUUCAAGUCCAGUUCAGAGUCCACACUUUAGGUUCUAAUUUUACUCAUGCUUCCAAGCUAGUCAAAAAUUUAAUACGCGAAAUAAAACGAAAGUGAAUUGAAAGCUUUAAUCCUUCUGUUCGAUCUUUGGUCAUAGAGAAAGCAAAAUCUAACGUUCAAAACUACACAAAAAUACGCAAGCGCCAAGGAAUUGUUUGAAAACAAAAAACUAAGAAAACUAAAAAUAAAAAGUGGUUAAGAAAUUAUUAAUCUGUAUACAAAUAAAUCGUAGUCGUAUUUUGUAAAAGCAAGCGCAAAAAAUCUAAGCAACAAGUAUUAAACUGUGUGUAAUUUGUUUAAAUGAAAUGUUUGCUAGUGUGUUUUUUUUUGUGGCGCCUCUAGGCAAGUUCGUAUAUACAGUGCUAUAUAUAUGUCUGUGGACUAUAUAGAUUGUCAUGACUUUGGCGCAGCUAAUAUAGAAUUUUGUAUGUCAGACUAAGCAUAAAAUAACCACGUACUGUACUACAGCCAUUUGCAUGUUUGGCUUUAUGGCAUUAAACUAGCAAAAGAUAAUGUUGUAACUUCAUCAUAUUAAUGUCGGUAUGUCUGUAAUUUUGUAUGAACCUUAAAGAUGAUUUAAAUGCAUUUAGUUAUCAUAACCAUAAUCAACGAUAUUUGUAUGGCAAGUAAAAAGAGUUAAACAUAAAAUAAUUUUGUAAAAUGCCACAUAACUGAUAAGCGCAAAAGAUAUCUAGAGAUAACAUUGACUCAGAGUUGCUGUUCUAGCGAAGUUGGAUUUAAACAAAAAUAUAUACAAAAUUGGAGAAAGGUGUUUUGACAGGAUAAAACUGAAACAGAAAAUAUUUUUAUUCAAUACUUAAAAAUAGAAACGGAUAUAAGAUGUUAAAAUAUCCAGAAUAUAUUAGUAUAUUUAAGUUGUAUUAUUUUUUUAAAUUAUAAAUUUUAAAACGUCUCAAAACAAUUUUGUUUAACAAGUUUAAACACCGAUCUGCCAUUAUUGUACUACUCCAUUGAAUCAGCUCAAAAACUAGUUACAAAAAUUGAUUUAUUUAUUUUUAUAUCGUAAGCUUAAUGUCUUAAAACACAAAACAAAGAAGAAAGAUAGAAUUUUGAGCUACUUUCCGCUGCAAUGCAACGCAAAUGGGCUUUAAACUUUAAAAAAUCUUUAACAAAAUCAAUAAAUCAACGAAGCUAACUUUAAAUGUUUUACAUCCAUACGUAUUUACACUAUACACUUACGAUCAACUUUUACACGACUAUUUUUUGAGGAUAACACUCAAGAACUACACGUAUUUAUUUCAGGACUCCAUGAGAUAUGCAUAGUACUAUAUGUACAUAUAUUUUUCAAACAAACUGUAUGUGGCAGGGUAAACUAAUCUGGCAAAAGUAAUUUAAUUACAACAAAAAAAGUCUAAUAGUAUGAGAACAAAAGUAUAUUUCCAACGGUACAAAAAUGAAAACGUAAACGUAACAUGAAUACAAAUAAAUGUUAAACUAAUAAUCGCACACUAGAAUAAUGAACACACAAACAAAAACACGAUGAAUUCAAAACCAGAUAUUGGCGAAAUUUCGAGCCAAUCGCAAAUAGAAACAAUAAAUGUUAAAUGAGGUCAAGUUAAAUGAAAGUGAAAUGUACAAGUUAUAUGGUAAACAAGAUCAAGUCAAAAUAUAAUGAUACUCCUAAAGAAAAAACAUAUUUAAGCAUACCUACAUAUUUGCAAAAUAAAAAGAAAGAAAAUGUUAAAAUA